GACUACCUCCCAACGGAGCUUGGUCUCCUUCCCGGCCUCCACCCUCUUCGGGGUCUUCACCUUCUUUCAGAUCACACCCUCCACCCCCGCCAUCAUCCGAGGUCAAUCCUUCACCGCCUCCUCCCCUGCCAAUGCACUCCUUCCCACCUCCACCUACUGAAAGAGUUUCACCAAAGACUAAUCUUCCUCCGCCUCCUCCCCCACCUACAGAGCCUAAACCUUCAACACCCACACCCAAGGCCUAUCAUGCACCGCCUCCACCCCCACCUACUGAAAAAGUUUCACCCAAGACUAAUAUUCCUCCCCCACCGCCUCAUUACACGCCCUCACACCAUAAACAUUCACCUCCUUCACCGCCAUCACCACCACCACCACCACCUGUUUGGGUCUCCCCGCCACCUCCGGUUGACUUCGUUCCCUCCGUACCCAAAACAUCUCCUCCGCCGCCCAUUGGCAACUCACCGCCUCCUUAUAAACACCACAAAACACCUCCACCACCACCGCCCGUUUACUAUGUACCCUCGCAGCCUAAAACUUCACCACCGCCACCUAUUCAGAACUCACAGCCGUCCCCACAGCAGCCAAUUAAGCCGCCAUCACCACUGUCCUCGCUUCCUCCACCUCCGCCUCCUUAUGUAAUGGCUCCUCCACCAACAGAAACUUCACCUCCCGUGCCAGUGAAGCCCACUCCUCCACCUGAAUCUGGCUGUGGUCUGCCAGGAUCACCACCACCACCAAGUUAUGACCAUUCACAAUCGUCCCCGCCUCCUCCUACACAGCAUCACCAUUACCCAUCACCGCCACCGCCACCGCCACCGCCGCUAUUGUAUAACACUCCACUUCCUCCCAUUGGAGGAGUCUCCUAUGCAUCUCCUCCUCCCUUCCUUUUCCCCCUUCCCCUUCCCCUUCCCCUUCCCAAAACCAAAAUACAGAAGGCAACAAAACCAAUAACACAUGUCUCCUCCGCGUUUAUCUGCUGGUGGUGGUGGACGCCGACUCAAAUUGUUGACCAUCUUCAUUGUCUUCUACUUUGUCAUUGUUCAGAUCUGCUCGGCGUCGGUAGCUGCCGCUGAUGACAAUGACAAUAAUGACAAUGACAUGGACGAUAUUGUGAAUAAUAAUAUUAAGGCUCUUCAGUUUGAGAACCCAAGUCUCCGUCAGGCCUACGUUGCCCUCCAAACAUGGAAAUACGCCAUCUUCUCCGACCCAUUCA